CACAUCAUCCAGCAAAUGAUAGGCCAGCACGGGACAAACUAAGACAACCCGCUGACAGUUUGGCCAGGGUGAAUAGGAAUAUCGAACCACUUUCGCUUGCGAGAACAGUUUCAAGUAGGCGCCAAGUAUUUUAGACCGGUGCCAUCGAGGAGUCGCCCAUCGCUCUGGUGGCAUCAUCAGGAACGGAACGGAAGGCUCUCUACGCGUCCGAGGGACUUGACACGAAAGAUGGUGAAAAUAAUAGCAAUCCCGCUGUUAUUCCUCUACAAGGUUCUGCUUGUGGACUCGGACUGCUCGCAGUGGACGCUGUUGAGUUCAAUGACCAACCCAGCGUCAUCUGCCUGUGCCACGAAUUCCAGUUCUGUCUUGCAGUCAGGCGUUGAUCUGGCUAACAAGAAACUUAUCCUUGAUUUCCACAAUGAGAAGAGACGACUGCUGUCUGACGCUAGCAACAUGGCGAUGAUGUAUUGGGAUGAGGAAGUGGCCGCCAUUGCCCAAGGGUGGGCUGAUACCUGUCCAACUGGUCACGACACAACGAGAGAAAGGCGAAUUCCAGGGCGCUAUUUUGUUGGUCAGAACAUGGCAACCGAUACGUCAUGGACCUCCGCCCUACAGGACUGGUAUAACGAGCACUCACAGUAUAUGUACGGGGAUACGAUCACCGCCAAUGUCGGACAUUACACGCAGAUGGUGUGGGCAGACUCCACUUUACUCGGCUGCGGGGCCGCAAAGUGUAAUGCAAAUACCUGGACCUACGUAUGCAAUUAUGGGCCCACUGGAAAUACAGGACCUCUUCCUCAAAACCCCUACGUACAGGGUGCAACAUGUGCAAGCUGUUCUGGGAAGUGUAAAGACAAACUCUGUGAUUGUGGUGGCAAAUCACGCAUCAACGAUUGCACUUUUGACCACGCAACAUGCGACUGUAGCAAAUGUCAUUCACCAAAUUCGCCAUGGCCUCACUUCGAUCUGACCAAAAGCUGCAUGCUCAAUUGCAGCAGGGUAUCCGAACAGAACUUCCUUUGCAUGGGCGUAACAUGCAAUGGCAACGAUGCGUUCGACUGUCCAACGACUUGCAAGGAAUGCAAUGUGGGAAACUUCGACAAGCAAGUCAUAGAGAAUCCGAAGAACUUCAGCACUACUGAUCCUGGUAGCGGUGAUACGACUCCUGCCGGCGGUGAUACGACUCCUGCCGGCGGUGAUACGACUCCUGCCGGCGGUGAUACGACUCCUGCCGGCGGCGGCGCGGGCGGUGGCGCGGGCGGUGGCGGGGGGAGCAGUAAUGCGGGUUCAUCAAGGGUUGGACAACAACCUUUCCAGAUAAUAACUGUCAUCUUCGUAGUAUUUAUGCUGCGCUAA